GGAAGCGUCGGGCUGUGUGUGCAGCCCUGGGCUGCCAGAGCUCGCGGGCCGGAGGCGGCCACCGGGGAGACUUGGGAGGAUGAGGACCUCCGCUUGGCUGGCGGGGUGGCGAGGAGAUGGGAGGCGACCCAGGAGGCUGGGGACGAAGGGGUGACAAGGCAGCGAGCUUCUGGCUGCGUCCUGGGUCUCUCACCCUGUGGGUGGGACGGUGGGGGGGCUGCACAGCUUGUGCCAGGUGGGGCUCUAGCCCAGGUGGGCCCGGAAACCGCACCACUGGAGCGGCCAGCUUUCACCCCUCAGCUCCCGGCGGCCCCACCUGGAUUCUGGCGCUGCCAGUUCUAGUGAUUCUCCGUGUCACUGGGCAGUCAGGCACGCGCUGAGUCUUGCUGCGGAGUGACCUGCCUCUGACCAGCAACUUCUCUAAGAGAAUGUGCUCGUGGCCCCAAGGGGCCACUCCAGGAACCUACUAAUGCCACCCUUCACCUGUCCACCCUCACACCCUUUGGGCCCUGGAAGUUAAUGAAGUGAUGUAAUGACACUGAGUGGGUCUGAGUGUGGGUCCCCUCCCUCCGAGGGUGAGCGUUGGAGGCCCAGGCCAGGGCAGCCCCCCUCAGGUCCUGAGUCUUCCUUCAGAUCCUGCUUCCCCAAGAUGGCAGAUGCACUCGGGCUUCCAGCGCCCCAGGUGUGCCCAGUGGGCGCAGCCCCAGGGCAGCGGCCACCUGUCGUUACAGGAGGUGGUGCCGCUGACAUUCCAGGACGUGGCCGUGUACUUCUCUCGCGCGGAGGGGCAGCAGCUGGACCCAGACCAGCGGGCACUGUACAGGGAUGUGAUGCUUGAGAACUACGGGCACGUGGCCUCACUGGGACUCCCUGUCCCUAAGCCAGAGUUGAUCUCCCAGCUGGAGCAAGGUGAAGAGCUGUGGGUCCUGGAUCUCAUGGGAGCUGAGGAACCGGAGCCCUUGAACAGCUGCAGCACAGAUUUUGAGAUUGGGACCGAGAAAGACUUGUCCAUUCUAAACCAGAAAUGCUCUGAAGAAGUAAAAACCCCAGAAGUGAUAUCAAAAAGAUUCUCGGAGUGCAAUCCACAGGCACCUGUGUUGCAGGGAGUUUGGGAACCUGAGGAUAAAGUAGAAGGACACAUGUGGGAUUCUGUUGGGCAGAGUUUCAAGAAACUUCAUCUUCACAAGAGAGUUUUUAGGAAAGAAACUGCCAUGUGCAGGGAAAGGUCUCCAGGAGGAAGAACCCACGAAGGUGGUACCUUUGAUGGAAACUUGAAUCUGAAUCAAAAUGCUGUUAGACUUCAAAGAAAUAAAACAGGAGAGAGAGCUUUUAAAUGUGAAAUAUGCAGCAAAACCUUCAGAUACAAUUCAGACCUAACUAGACAUCAGAGAAGUCACACUGGGGAAAAACCUUACAAAUGCGGUCAGUGUGGGCGAGCCUUUGCUCUCAGCUCAGGCCUAAUUCUGCACCACCAAGUUCACACUGGAAGUAAACCAUUUAAAUGUAAUGAAUGUGGGAAGACUUUUCGUCUCAAUUCCCACCUAGUUCUCCAUCAGAGACUUCAUACUGGAGAAAAACCUUUCAGUUGUAGUGAAUGUGGGAAGGCCUUCAGUCGUAGUUCAAGUCUUAUUCAACAUCGAAUCAUUCACACAGGAGAGAAACCAUACAAAUGCAAUGAAUGUGGAAAAGGCUUCAGCCAGAGCCCGCAGUUAACACAGCAUCAGAGAAUACACACUGGCGAGAGACCACACGGGUGUGAUCAGUGUGGGAAGGCCUUCAGUCGAAGUUCAAGCCUUAUUCAGCACCAGAGGAUCCACACUGGAGAGAAGCCCCAUGUAUGUGACCAGUGUGGGAAGGCCUUCAGUCAGAGCUCAAGCCUUUUUCUCCAUCACAGGGUGCACACUGGAGAGAAGCCCUAUGUUUGUAAUGAGUGUGGCAAAGCCUUUGGUUUUAACUCUCACCUCACUGAACAUGUAAGGAUCCACACGGGAGAGAAGCCCUAUAUUUGUAAUGAGUGCGGCAAAGCCUUUAGCCGGAGUUCAACUCUUGUUCAGCAUCGAAGGGUUCACACUGGGGAGAAGCCUUACCAGUGCAUUGAAUGUGGGAAAGCCUUCAGUCAGAGCUCACAACUUGCCCUACACCGAAGAGUUCAUACUGGAGAAAAGCCCUAUGAGUGUGGUGAUUGUGGAAAGGCCUUCAGCAGGAGGUCAACCCUCACUCAACAUCAGAGAGUUCAUACUGGAGGGAGCUCUCAUGCAUACAGAAAGUGUGGUUCAGCCUUUGUUCCUGGCUCCAGCCUUAGGCCACAUGGACAGAUGCCCACUGGAGAGAAACACUCUGUGUGUGAUGGACACAACAGAGCCUUCAGUCGUGGCACGAACCUUGUUCUGCAUUGGGCGAUUCACAAACGUUUCAUGUUUUCAGAAUCAGUCACUGUGUAGCCUUUUGAAUCUGGCUUCUUUGAUUUAACUACAGAUUCAUCGUGAUGUUGUGUGUGCCAGUAGUUCCUCCCUUUUUACUGCCCAGUAGCAUCCAUUGUACAGAGGAGGCAGUUUGUUGACCCAUUCCCCACUGAAGAGUAUUUGGGUUGCUCUGUCUGGAGCAAGUAUGAAUAAAGCUGCUAUAAGCAUUUAUGACAGGC